AUGAAUUAUGUUUAUACAACAAUUGAUAAGGCGAAGGUUGUAGCCCAGGUUGUUACAGAUUCAUCAUCCCCCACUUCUAAUUCAGAUAUAUUAUCGUUAAAUGUGGGCGGCACUAUCUUCCAAAUUUCUAGGAGGAGCAUCCUUAAAUAUUCUAAUACAUAUUUAGGUAGAUUGAUUAGAGAUUUUAAUCAACAACAUGGUAUAAAACCCAGGCAAAUAAUUUUUAUUUCUGCCGACCCCACUAUAUUUCAAUAUGUUUUAGAUUACUAUCAUUAUGAUCAGAAUGUUGUAUGGCCUAAUAAUGAUCCUAUUUUACAAGAAAGAUUAAGACUUAUAUAUAAUCGUUUUGAUAUUCCAAAUUCUAACGUACAGCCCCCAUUACAUAUACAAAAAUUUGGUAUAGCAAUCCGUACUGUCAUUCACAAUUCUUUUAUUCAAGGAAUUAAUAUUCUUACUCUUGCUAUCGGUACAUUAGCAUCUAAUGGGGUGGUUCAGGAAAGAAAUAAAAUAAUGAUGUUCUCAAAUCUUGUCCCCGUUGUAUCUAUUGAUUUGCUCCUGAGUGUAGAACAGAAAUCUUUGAUUCCAUCUAUCUAUACCAAUAGUCCCCAAAAACUGAUUGAAAAUAUUACUCAGAAUUGUUCUCCGUAUAAGAAUUCUGAUAUCCGAAAAAAUAGAGACAGAGUCUCAUUACUUCUUACAAGUAUCUCUACUGGACUUAUUAUAGGAGAUACGGGAGUAGCUUGUAUUUUAUUAUAUUUCCGUAGUAUAGGGGAA